UUGGCCCAGAAAACAACCCGGCCGCCCCCUCCCCAUGGGACUGAGAGAGAGAGAGAGAGAGAGAGUGUGUGUGUGUGUGUAUGUAAAUAAGGCCAGGGGUGGGAGCAGGGAACUGGCGCUGCAAAGGCCAGCCCGCCUCCUCCUCCUCCUCCUCCUCCUUUCCCACAAACUCAGGCGGCGGCCGAAGCGGUAGCAACACGGGAGAAGCUGCGUGUAAGCAUCCGCGCGCACGCAUAUAUAUAUAUACACACAGACACACGUGUUGCCUCGCGCGCCAUGGAAUUCGAGGAGUCGGGCAUCGGGGAAGAAUGCGGCGUCUUCGGCUGCAUCUCCGCCGGCUUGUGGCCCACCGAGCUGGAUGUGCCCCAUGUGAUCACGCUGGGGUUGGUGGGGUUGCAGCACAGAGGCCAAGAGAGUGCAGGAAUUGUGACAAGUGAUGGAGAAUCAGCCCAUUCUUUUAAAGUGCACAAGGGAAUGGGUCUUGUUAAUCACGUGUUCAGCGAAGAUAGUCUGAAGAAACUCAAUGUUUCAAAUCUUGGAAUCGGCCAUACAAGAUACUCUACCUCUGGAGUAUCUGUCCUUGAUAACUGUCAGCCGUUUGUGGUGGAAACAUUGCAUGGGAAGAUUGCAGUCGCCCACAAUGGAGAGCUCACAAAUGCUAUGCGACUGAGGAGAAAGCUAAUGCGUCAUGGAGUGGGACUAUCUACCAGUUCUGAUAGUGAACUGAUCACUCAACUGUUGGCAUUCACCCCUCCUUUAGAGCAAGAUGAUACACCAGACUGGGUGGCAAGGAUUAAAAAUUUGAUGAAUGAAACACCCACUUCAUAUUCCCUUCUGAUGAUGCAUAAAGACAUUAUUUAUGCAGUUCGUGAUCCCUAUGGGAACCGUCCUCUCUGUAUCGGCCGCCUUGUUCCAGUAGGUGAUAUCAGCAGGAAAGGGAAAAUUAAUGCUGAAACCGAAGGCUGGGUAGUUUCUUCAGAAUCGUGUAGCUUUUUAUCUAUUGGUGCAGAAUACUAUCGGGAAGUCAUGCCUGGAGAGAUUGUGAAAAUAUCCAAGUAUGAUGUCCAAUCUUUAGAUAUUGUACCAAGACCUCAAGGAGAUCCAUCAGCGUUCUGCAUUUUUGAAUAUGUGUACUUUGCAAGGCCAGAUAGCAUCUUUGAAGGUCAGAUGGUAUAUUCUGUAAGAAGGAGAUGUGGUCAACAGCUUGCUAUUGAGGCGCCCGUUGAAGCGGAUUUGGUUAGCACAGUCCCAGAAUCGGCAACACCAGCAGCCCUUGGCUAUGCGCAGAAGUGUGGCUUGCCGUACAUUGAAGUGCUUUGCAAAAACAGAUAUGUAGGAAGAACUUUCAUUCAGCCAAACAUGAGGUUAAGACAGCUGGGAGUGGCCAAAAAAUUUGGAGUCUUGUCAGACAACUUCAGGGGGAAGCGAGUUGUCCUUAUUGAUGAUUCAAUUGUGCGAGGCAACACUAUUUCCCCUAUAAUUAAACUAUUGAGAGAAUCUGGUGCUAAGGAGGUACACAUCCGGGUGGCUUCACCUCCAAUAAAAUUUCCUUGUUACAUGGGAAUAAACAUUCCAACAAAAGAAGAACUUAUUGCAAACAGGCCUGAAUUUAAAGACCUAGCGGGCUACAUAGGAGCUGACAGCGUUGUUUACCUCUCAGUAGAAGGAUUGGUAUCGUCUGUUCAAGAAAGCAUAAAAGCGAGACAAGACCAUGAAAAUAACCUAAAAUCAAAAAAGUUCCAAAGCGGGAAGAUUGGCCAUUGUACAGCUUGCCUUGUUGGAGAAUAUCCAGUAGAGCUAGAGUGGUGAAUUUUGUGAAUAUUAUCACCAAAGGCUUAACAUUUAGAACUGAUGAAAUGUGUUGCUGCUAACUAAGCAAGUGAUCAAACCACUCACGUUUGCCUAGACCUUAUUAGGAGAGGGUAAAAAAAGGAGCAAAAUAGAAUAAAUGUUAAACAAUUAUGCAAAAGCGCUAUAAUGGGGGCAGUGGGGAGGGGAUGCAUGGAUAAAAGAAGCCAAAAAUCUCUUGAUUCCAUAGGUGGCCUAAUCUGGCCAAGAAACUUCGGUGGAGGUCUUCUAAGGCUUUCACUUACAGUAAUGUUUCUUAUAAUUACAUUAUGAGAGGUUGUGAGCCAUUAAGCCAUCUCGCAUUUUAAACAGUGUUCAAUCAAUUUAAAAAAAAUGUGAAUUUGAUCUUAAAUCAACAAACAGAUCUUUUAAGUUUUACUACUUUCGUCGCUGGUUUUAAUCCAACAAUAUGGGAUUCCUGUUUUUUUUAUAGACUGAGUGUACUUUUAAAGCAGCAACUUUCAGCUAUAAUCUGCUACCAAAGAGUGAAUAUUAUUUUUAUAUAGUGCUUGGCUGAGACGAGGAGCUUCAGGGAGCUGUUAAACAAAUAGCAUCUAAUACCUUGUGCCUUAUUUUUUUCAAGUUGCGAAUCAAAGAGGAAAAAAUAACCAGCUGACUAUCACUUGUGCAUUAGACAUAAGGGCUAAUUUUCCUCAAUAUCUUCUUUCAAGUUCAGUGCUUAAAUGUUGAUUACUUUUGCUGCAUCCAGGCCUUCAAAGAAGACUCCAAACACUGAAAAAUUAACACACAACUUUAUUUCAAUGAUGAUAAUUUAAUAUAUAUUGCUGUUUUAUUCAGUGGUUCGGAAUAGUUUUGAGGGCAUUUGGAAUGAAAGCCAAUUCAUUAUUAUAAUUCAUAUGACACCUCUGAUUUCAAGUAGCAAAUAAUUCUGUUCCUACUUCAAAUAGCCUUUAAAUAGCCUAACCUUUAAAUAGCCUAACAAACGGGUUUGGUGUUUGAUCAGAGGUAGUUAAUAACUUUCCAAAGUUAUAAAGUUCCUUUCCAAAAGGAAAUUCUUAGGAGAAAACUCAGUCUGACUUUUAAGGUCCAGCUACCGGAGGUGUAGUUCACACCAGCCUGUUCUUUUUUUUUUUUUUUUGAUUGCUGCAAAAAUGACAUGAAGGACUUCUUGCUGUGCUUAGUCUCUUGAAAACAUAAACUUGACGUUUGUUUACCCUCCCUCUUGUUCUUUCUAUAUUUCAUUUAUACAUCAAUGGAAGAUGCCAAGAUUCAUGACCAGUAGCAAAUGCAGGACUUCCUCUUAUCACCCUGCCUGUAGAAUAAAACAGCAAGCAUCAUUUCCAAAUAUUAAUUUCCACACAUUUUGGAUAAUGCUUAUCAGCAUAAAAACUUAAAUGUUUUCUGUGUAACUGAGGAAAAACUAACAACUAUUCUGUGGGACUCUCAUACAAGUCAGGUCAGAUUGCUGAUUUAAGAUGUAGAGAACUUUUUUCUCAUUGUGGCUGAGACUAUUGGGUAACCCGUUGGAGGUCUCAAGACCCCUCUCCCAAAAUUUGUGUGAAUCUUUUAUUGGGUUCUUGAUGUACCCUAUGCUUUGCUUCUGCGGAUGUUUCAUGAUUACACCAGGUAAUACAUCAGUGCAUGGACCUGAAUCUGCACACCUGAUCUCUGUCUGCUGCUUUGUUAUUUAAGCAUGAUGGCUACUCUUUUUUCUUUUUUUUUUUUUGUAAAAAUUUUUAUUUUCAACUUUACAAUACAUAACAAUCUUACAAAUACUUCAGAUAAAAAAUAAAACAAAUUGAUACACACCACAUUCGGUCUUGCCCGCCCAUUUCCCCCCAAAUCGCAUCCCACCUCAAACCAACUUACUUCUUUCCCUCUUUUUCUUCACUCACCCCCUCUCCUCCUUCACCUCAACCAUGAUGGCUACUCUUGUUACAUCUGUGUUCCAUGGGACACUUCACCUGGCACAUUUUCACUAAUUUGAUUGAUGAAAGGGGGGGGGGCUCCAACCAUCUGUACCGCUUUCCUAACAAAUGAUCCCCCCCCAAAAAAAGCAAAAAGGGGUAAUUGUUGGCCGUGUAGCAUUGAGGUAUGUGGCUAAGAGAAUCAACUCUUCUUUUUCCCUUUGGGAGAUGGAUCAAUUUCACAAAUGAUAAAUAAAAUUACACUCUUUAAGAGUUUAGAGUUUUAACUUAAA